AUGACUGAAUGCAAAAAAUUCAUGGCAAAUUCACAAACACCGAUAACUUCUGUUUCGAAUGUUCCAUCACCACGAACAUCGACACCAAUAUCGCAAGAUCCAUCUGAAACACAUCGAAAUCGAAAGGUCACUUUCAAGCUACCCGAACUAGAACAAGAAUCGGAUUCGGAAUCAGCUAAUCCAUUGCCGGAUAUUUCAUCGUUAUCAAAGCACCUGAUGAAAAUGAACGUUACGCACGAAUCUGAUCAAAACCAAUCCAAAUAA